GUUGUAUUAGUUCUACUCGGAUGAUAUAACUUGAAAAAGAUGUAAGAAAAAAUGUACGCGAAUAAAGCAUAUCCGUGACACUAUGGAAUACUCUGGAAAAUGAACGACGAUGUAGUAGAAGAUGAUAUACCGAAAAGUGAAGAUGUUCACGUGCAUCUGUCGGACAGAUAUCAGAUCAAGUACAACCAUCUCUUGACUUGGUUUCUUCCGCAACUCAAAGCUAAAGAUAGCAAUGUCUUGGUACCACUUGACUCAGGGAUUGGUUGCAUAACAAAUGGAGUGACAGUAGUUGGACAGAACAGUAAACUGAUACUCACGAGGUCUAUGUACAAUGUUGUAAUUGUUCUGGAUAUGAGUGCGAGUAUGUUCACUGUGGACAUGGACCACAAGAAAGUGAUAAUAGAAGAGCUAGAUGAAGCACUGAAGAUGUGUAUAAAGCCUCUCUGUAACCCAGAGAUCCACCCCUGGAGAGAUGACAGGGAGCUGAAACUAGAUGUUACUCUCACUGUACUGGCAUACACUCCACAGUUCAAAAACAGGUUUAUAUCUGUGCUGAUACAAGGCUACCCACUAAGCCCAAACACCAGCGAACAACUAACCACCCUCCUGGCUAACAGAUGCUCACAAAUGCACAACUACAUCAAGUCUAGGUCUGAUCAGGCAGGAUGGAACAUCUCUGAGCAGCACAGUGGGGGUAAAACUGAUAAGUACGGUCUGUAUGGGCUGAUAGGGGAAGUGUUGUGUAUACUGAAACUACAGAGGUCGAGGAGGGAGACUACACCGGGAGAGUGUUCUGAUUAUGAUAACUGUAAAAACGUAAUGAUAAUGAUAACGGACGGGGUUAUAGGAGAAACCCAUCAAGCCAGACAGAUUAUUCAGAAGUUACACGAACGUUCCGCUUCUUGUUCCUUUAUCAGAGUCGGGCCUUACGAUCCAGAACACUACGGGUUUGGCUACAUCCCCAACAUCUCGUUGCUCAGGUUUAUAGCAGAAGCAUCAGGAGGCCAGUACUGGAACUGGCGUAAGAAGCACCGGAUCAAGGUGGAGAGUGUGUUCCAGUGGUCCUUGUUUCGGGACCUUCCGGACACUAGGGGCCUCAUACCGAAAAUAGAUGAGUCUCCUACUCCGAUCCAAGCAUCGCUUAUAUCGACAAUAACAAAGAAGAUCUUUGAAGGGUUCAAGAUUUGUGAUGUGAACAUUCAAUCUCAAGGAUUGGCACCUGAUUUUUCUGGAACAGAAAUCACAACUCUUGGAGUAACAAUGUCGCUCACAUGGCGUAAACGUAUACAUGUCACCUACGAACUUGUUACUGACCUGCCCAUUGAACCUUACAGUGCUCAGAAGAUGCCUAAAGUUAAGGUGACAGUGUGCAGUUACGGAGAUUACGAAGUUAUUAAUGGCAGGUGUGGUGAGGAGGAGAAACACAGAACACAUGUCAAACUUCUUGACCACUUUAAACGGUUUGUAGUCGAACAGCUGAAACCACAUCAAGACGAUUCUUACGAAAAGAGGUGGAUAUUUGAUCUGCACAACUACGCGUACUCAAGCCUCAGUAAGCUCAGCAUCUCUCAAGCCAGUCAGAAACCAUUCAAGAUAGAAAGGAUGGGAUCUGCUCAUAACGACCAAGAGAUGAACCGCUUCAACAAGUUUUGGUUGCACCUGCUGGCCGAGAAAGACUUCAUCGACGCUCACUUUGAUGUUUACCAGCUCAAAUGUUGGCUACAGUUCGACCUCAAUCUCCCUAAAUGUUUGACGGGUCUUUCGCGAUCCUACAAAAACCAAAACAAGGAGUUCCAAAUAUACAGCCGAUCGCAUGGAUUUCUACUAGACGUACUAGUAAAGUGGUGUAAAGCAGCUACUAAAGGUGGUAAAGGAGGGAUCUUGAUAGAGAAAGACGUGUUUAUAAAACUAUACGAGACAAAGUCCAGUACUGAUCCUAAGAAUAGCUUCGUGUGGGUCACAGUGUCUCUGACAUCUUGUGCAUCUAUGUCUAUCUACAUUGCCAUGCACAGGGACAUUCCGUUCAUCGAGCAACAGGAGUUAAGAAAGGAUUUGGUGGAUCAACUGAUGGGUGUGAAGUUCCAGGGAUCUCUGCUAUUGGACAGCAGUAUUAAGGUUGGUCUUGAUACAACUCUCAAGAAAAGAGGCGGUAAUUUUAUUCCCUUUAACCUGAAAGCAGAGUAUGCCUGCCAACAGAUGCCAAAAAAUAUCGACGAUAUGAUUUCUGGAAACCUCGGUCCUAAGCGAGGUGAUCUGUACCUCCACAAGUUGGUCUGCAACUGGAAAACUUGUCCUGAUAUAAACUGUUGCUCUGAUGAUCUUAUAAAGGAACUUAGAAACGAGAUAUUUAACGCUUUGUUCAGAUUGCGAUUACAAGAAGAGUUUCGGCCUCUUAACGUUGGUGGCAAAGUAUUCUCCUGCUUUCAGAUGUUGAAGAUGAAUUCUCUGACGUCAUCACGAUCACCGGACCCAUGCAAUGGAGAAUCGGGCGAAGUUACAUGUUUACUGCAAUAUGUGAUAAAAGUUGAUGAUGAUACCAUGUCAUCAGAGAAGAGAGAUCAGAGGAAGAUAUCUUCUAACUUUACAACUGAGAUAUUGAUCGAGCCUCAAUGGGGUACGUCAUCAGUCAAAUCCGGAAACUUGACAUACUUGGAUGGACUGGAAUUCCAGAAAAUUCCUCCUCAACUGUUUGACAUGGACUUUAAACUCAUCUCUAGUUUGUGUACAUUCGCGACCAUCAAGAAGCUUUGCUCUCAACCUGACAGACACCAGCCUGAAUUCUCCAGCCAGUUUUGUCCUAAACCAACGUCAUUCAAAGAGCCCAUAUCUACACCUGGUCUACCCUAUCUUUUUCUGGUAUCUAACCUCCUCUCUAGAUCUCAUCUCAACGUCCUCAACUUCCCACUCCUAUCUGUCAUUCCCGGCCCCAGUCAAGAAUCAAACCCACAACCUGAUCCUGUAUACUCCACCACCUCCCCCAACAUUUACCUCCUCCGGUGCCUGUGCGAGCUUCUAGAGGUUUAUUACUCCAGGAACAUAGACUUAUGUCAGGAUGAGUUGAGGUUGAUUCGGCUAAACGUUCUAAGCAGGAAGCCCGUGGGAGAGAAGGUCUGGUUCUCUGAAGACAUCCCUGAAGUCCACUGGAAGUGCUUCGUCAGAUUCCACAAAUCAGAAAAGAAGGAGCCGACGUAUGAUAAGACGAGAUUACAGUUUGUUCUGAUACCCGAACCCCCAGAAGAUCUCACAGAAUCACAGCUACAAGCCUGGUUUCCUAGUGGUCGUAUUGAUGUGCUAGUGUUCGACUGUCUUUACAAGAUACUCCUCGGAAGUUUCACUAACCCUCAGCGCUGUUCCUUGGAGAAGCUGUACGCAUGUGACAAUUACAUUGACAAGACAGAAGAAGUAGAAGAAGUGGCCUGUCCUAGCCUGAUAAUGCAGAUAAUAGAGGAGAGCACUUCUACACACAACCCCCAGUCCAUAGAAAAAGCGCUGAAGUUUAAGCACAUCGGUGAGAUCUGUAAAGCGUACGAGAAAUGUUAUAUACUGGGAGUACAUCAGGCUAUAUUAAGUGAUACACCUCUUAAACAAUCAUGUGUUGAUAUUGCCAUAAUGCUUGUUGAGAAACCACGGCUGUUUGACCUUCACGUUAAAAAGGAAAGGAAGCACAUUCCCCUGGCUAAAUACCUGAGUGCUGUUUGUUCCCACGUUUCUGGACAACUGACUUGCUGCCACAAUCCAUCUGACAUCCAAGUAGCACUAAACCAAAGUGUUGACUCCAGCGACAGAGACGUGACGUCAGAAUCCUACAACGCAGAUGUGGAAGCAACACAAGACACCAGCAAGAUGAUAGCAGAAGAGGACACCUCAGCUAACUUCACGCUGCCAGAUAGUAUGGACAGUGAGGAGGAGGAAGAGGAGGAGGAGGAGGAGGAGGAGGAUGAUCUGUCUACUCCCUGUCAGAACGAGGCUCAGUGGACUAGUGUUGUCUCCUCCCCACUCCCUGCAGGGUCUCACAACAUCCCCUCUGAUGCUUACUGUGCGGAGAUUGUGUCCGCUAGUAGUACUGAACUUACUCCUAUUAUAGCUGAUAAAAAGUUCGCUGACACAAUUCGAGCAAUGUCAGCCCAUUGCCAUGAAGAGAAUGCAGAUAUAGAUGAAGACAGCUACAGCGGCAGUGGAAGUGAUAAAGACCCUCACUUCUUUUUAGGGGCCCCACAAUCUAGUGGGGGGUCUGAAUCUGAGCCUCAGUUUAUAAUCAACGAUACUGGGACAUCCAUAACAAGUUCGGGCGGGAUGAAAGAGGAGAGUGACGAGGUUAUUCCGGGAGAUAUUCCCCUAGACAUGCCAUCCAUACAUGUGGCUGUUGAACAGAGCGAAGAUCCGUUAAUUGAGAAGAGAGUCUCCUUCAUUGAGCAAAGAACAUUCUCAGCUGGGUCAGAACACAAUUACCAACCUGUAAUCAACAUUAUCGCCAGCACUCCGCAGUUACCACCUACAGAAGACAAACAUGGACACUCUAUACAAGUGGAGGAACACCGCUCAAUACAAGCCAAGUUUGAUGAGAUUAUAGAUUCCAGGUUCAUCAGGAUCUCCCAGUACAACAAACAUUUCUUGGUUAUGAAGUCUGGAGACAACCCUGAAAAUAUGGACAGUUUCACGACAGAACGACAACCGGUUCUCUUCAUGAAGAUGUCGUGUGAACGAGCGUUCAGCGAAGAACAGAAGAUUCCAGUCACAACUCUUCCCACAUGUGUGAUGGAUGUUAGUGGGGGAAGUGAGAAAAGGAAGAGAGAUGUUGACCUGUGGUUCACUUGUUAUACUCUUCCUGUAGUCGUUCACUCUUCUCCCGUUUACAGGUCUCCAACCCACUCAUUCAUCAACUCCAGACCUCACCGGAGAAAAGAGUCUUACAAAAAAUCUGAACAUUCUUCCAAAACAGCCGAAAAGAAAGGAACAGCUGGAAGCAGUGUCCCUCUGGAGCCCUCCUACUCUGCUAAAGAGGUCGUUCUCUCUAACCCUGACGAUACAGACGAGGGUCCCAACGAAUUUUUUGCGAAUGACAAGAAUAAAGUUAAGCAGAGAUUCAGGGACCAGCUGCCGACAUCAUCAGCGUCCUCUCCAAGUCUUAUUCGUUCCAUAGCGAUCUCAGAUCCAAUAAUCAGACGGAGUAUUCUGGAGGACAUGUAUGAGGAUGUGAAGUGGCUGAUUGAUGAUCAGUUCAUUACUAAUCUCCGCAGAAAGUCACCCGUUACUCUUGACCUUCUUAAACAGGUACUAGACCACUGCAAAGCGUGCCCCGGAAACAUCCCGGAACUGCUGUGCGCACACUGAAGAUCUCUGUUACGUGGACACUUGGGUAGUCAAGGACGAACGAGCCCGAGGAGAUGGAGACAAACAGAGACAUGGCGAGAAAAUGAGACACGACGAGCUCCUGGCUAAAAUUCAGCUCGCUUGGGAGCGUGAACCCUUUAGUUUGUGUCGGAUAGAUAACUUCUUCUUUUACUCGCUGGAUGUCGAGAAUGAGGAGAGAGAUAGCAUGUAUGGAAGGGAGAUAUUAUCUGCUCAGAGCAGUAUUAGUAGUAUGGGAUCCAGACCUUCUCAUAACAGAUCAUCAUCCUCCUCCUUCCCCGAUGAUAUCCCGCUAUCAACAGAGAGCACUAUGAGACCAUGCUCCAAGUUCUGGAUAGUAAUCCAAGUUACGUACACCCACUUGCAAGUAGCAUUCCAAACUUCAGAUACAGGAUACGAGGAGCUGAUAGACCACACCCUGCUUAACAAGAUAGUAUCUACUAUUGUACACCUCAACAAGAUACAGAACCAAGAGUUCCUGUUGCAUGAGAUUGUUGAGAGUAAACUUUGUCCUAAAGAGCUCCUUCAUGAUCACACGCCUCAACCUCACGGUGAAGGGUACAAUAACACGUACGUAUGUGGCGUGGUGCACACCAUAGAGGUACAACUCUGGGAUAAGGACGAACACGAGGGAUUGAGGGACAUUAAGGAGUCUCUCUUCAACUUCAAGUGUGAUAAUGCUGAUGAGUUCGUCUACUUUUACCGACAGGAUGCUGCUAAGGACGACAGAUCUACAUUCUACUUCCAACUUCCUGAAGCUUCAAACAAACCUGGAGUAAAAUCAAAGAAGCUUUGUAUAGACGUACGCGGCUUACAGCCUCCAGAUCCAGACAAACAGAGCUCCUUCGACCACUUUGUUCAACAGAAGCUGGAGGAGGCAAAGUUAGAGGACAUAGCUCACAGACUCAACAGGAACAGUCAGGCUAAACUUACCGCUGAGGAGGUGUCCUUCCUGAGCAACAAGAACUGCAAGCUGUACAAGACCAUGUACAUUAAGAUUCCUCCUUAUGUUUACGAUUUUUUACCUCACUUCUGGUUCUACCUCGAUCAGCACUUAGUUCAGCAACAAGAUCUGUUCUGUCCACGAUACGAUUCUAACAACGACAAGAGAAUACAUUUUUCUAAUGAGAAAACAGGGGAGGUUGAGAACACACGCGAUCACGAGGUGUUCAUAAAACUGCUGAUAAAACUUAUCGGAAAUAGAGCUGGUCAUCACGAUGGUAGAUACACAGGAAGAAGUCACAUGCACAAAGAUCCUCUCUUCCAAAGCCUGCUCCUCGUUAACAUUACCAUAGUAGGUCCAGAUAACCAGCCUGUUGAUUUCAACAAGAGAUGGUUUAACCACAGGUCCCCUGUGUUUGAGCAGGGAGGGUACGAGCCACCAUCUGCUAGACAAAACGAGGAUAUCAAACCUUCUCUUAAACAAGACGACAAGACAAGAUUAAGCUUGAAACUACGUAUAAUUGAGAAGCGUAAAAAAGCUGGUUCAAGUCAGAAGUCAGACAGAGAGAUCGAGUCAGCCUUGUAUCAAGCCGUGCAAGCAGCUUACAUCAGCUUACUGUUAGAG